AAUCGCUCGUUUGUUUCGGUUUCGACCACCGAAUUUGCUAACUGGUUGACUGAAGAGUUUGUAAGGCGCAUAUUUUUUUUCGUUUUUGGAGCGCUCUUUCCCGCCCUUUCACAGUCAAGUCGUGUCACGCAUGCAUGCAAGAUGCCUGUUCGAGAUACCAAAGGAAGAUUUUGUGGAACCCUCCACCGAAAACAAGCAGAUAAUAAUUGGCAGCGUAAUUACUUUGUCUUAGAUGAAGACAAAUGCUUACUUCGUUAUUUCUCCAUUAUGAAUGCUAAAGUAAGUGAGAAUUUUCAAUACUGUUUUGCUUUGUUUUUGUCAUUUCGUUUCAGAUUGUCUUUUAUGUUCACUCAAUUAUCACACAAUUCGAGGGGCUCAUUAUGUACCACUCGAAUCGCAGCACUUCCGUCUUUUUAAUAUGUUCACGAGAACGUACUUUGAUUUUAUAAUAAGUUUAAAUUGUACAGCAACGGGUAAAAAUCGUAAUUGCUGUGAUUAGACUUCAAUGGAGUUAAGCUUACAUCAGCCGGUGAAGAAGGAAAUAAAAUUUCCUAACUUUUAACGCCUGUUUACGGUAUUUGAACUUAAACAAAUUAUGCAGCUUGCAAGUUAAAAGUCUUAGGUACGCUGACUAUUUUAAUGAUGUACUUGAUUGUGAGGUUCUAAAAACCAACGUCUGUGCGGUAAAGUUAUUUUUAGAACUAGAACUGUGCCAAGAGGUGGUUUCUAUGUUUACACUGUUGCCAUAAACUUCUCAAGGAUUUUGCGACCUUAUUAAAUCAGUUGCGGUUUCAUUUGCACUGUGAAAGUACUAGAAUGCAAAAACAGCUGAUUCUCAACAACAAUACCAAAAGCCACUCAUUAUUUUAUUGCACUGUAACUGAUUGAAACAGGAAACGUGAAAUUCUAUCCACUGGGCCACUGGGCCAGGUUGACUCCUCAUAUAAACACCAUGAACAUUGCAUACACCAGCACUUGUGGGAUAAAUAAUGAGAACUGAGAACUCUGCCAUUAUCGACGUAGCCUUAGAUAGCUAAACAUUGUUAGCUGCAUGUAUUUGGCUGCAAUAAAUAAAAAUGUGCCCUUCAAGAGCUUGAAGGAGCAUAGAAAGGAGGCAAAAACUUUCACUGUAAUCAAAGCUAAUUAGUUCAGCUUGAUAAGUCUUUAAUGUUGUUUAUGAAUGCUAUGUUUUAUCAGGAAGAAGAACUGGACUGGGAUGAUUAUGAUGGAGAAAUAAACGUCCGGCUCAUAACUAAGGUUUCAAUAUACAUUUCCAUAAUUGUGAAGAGUUGUUAUAAACAGACUGUGUUGUAAGCUCUAGGGGUUGUGCAUUAUUUUCAAAGUUUAGUAUGCAGUAAAAGUAACAGCAAUGUUUAUUUGUACUGUGGGUUAUAAAUAUACAACUAAAUAUAGCAUGUAAAUUGAAAAUACAUUAUUAAUUUCUCGUAAGUCCCAGUGAUUUUGUUUCCUCUGUGUCCUGUGUCCCUGACGCAUAAAAAUCCCCGAAGACACAAAAUAAUUCAAGGCAUGCAUCCCACAGGACGCAAAGAAUGAUAGAUCAACUUGAACAUUUUUUGGUAGAACAUCCUGUUUGUGUGAUUUCUGUGGCUGUUACUAAGUUUAAAGAUGUGUAUUUUUUUUAGCCUUUUUGUGCUUUUAAUAUAUAGAAGGGCUAUAUUUUAAUUUCAGUAAACUGUAAUGAAGAGUUUUGGCAUCUGUCUCCAGAUUAACUGUCUGUUUUUUGAACUGGGACUCAUUAGUUAUGAACAAGGACUCAUGAUUUUUCACAAGAUGAGUUCCAGGACUCACCAUAACCAUUUGUAACAAAAUCACUGAAAUCCACCAUUUUUCUCAUUUUUAUAAUAUCCAUUUUCCUAGCUUUCACAGUUUAAGCCAUUUUUGCAUAAAAUGUGCUGUGUUGAGCGUGCAUUUUUUCAGUGUGGUUCCAGAAGAUAUCUAUACCCACCUGCAUGAAGGCUCAUAUUAAAUUUCAGGGAAGAGAGGGGUCUUUUUAAAAGCUAAUUUUUGAAAAGGAAAGAAUUAGGAUUAACUGGAGAUUCCAAAGGGGUUUGGGCUGUCUAAAGCAAAAAACACCUGGGGGUCAGAGUAUGGAAUUAGUCACUGAAACAACACGAAAAUAUUAGCAUCGUUUCCUUCUGUGAAAUUCUUACCUUCUGUCAGACUAUUAUCACCUUCAUCUUGCAGUCUAGGUAGAUCUCCAGUAAUAACCUAUCAAAAACCUUUCUUACUUUGAUUUAUUCUUAGAUUGAGGAUAAAUCAAAGAGUGAUGAUAAGUCAAUACCUGAUGGAUGUAUUAUUGGUAAGUGUAAAGAGUAUUAAGAUGUGAUAAGUUUCACUAUAAGAGCAUUUUUUGUGAAUCUAUAAUGUCACAAACUGCUGUCAAAAAAAGUUGAAGGAAGCCACAUCCAACUCAACUGAUACAUAUUGUCCCUACAUCAAGGCAACACAGAAAGCUGUAAGAAUCUUGAACAAGAGAUCAGCAGUUACAUUUUAUCUGGUCACUUACUAUAACAAGAAUAUUGACAUAUUAUUGUUUACCUUUUCACUCAAUUACCUGUCAACAGAUUUAGAAAGCAAGAAAUAUUAUUGUUUUUGUACAUUUUAGUGAAUUGUGCAUGCCUUGUGAAUGGCCAUAUAACUGAACUUUCUUGUAAAUGAGUAAAGGAGAUAUUUUUAAACAAGUAGGACCCGCCCAUCUUGCAAAAAGUCUGGGUGUAGGAUUUGUCACCUUUUUUCACUGUCAUAGUAACCACAGAUUUUGUCUUCAUGUCAUGCUGAUAUUCUUGUAGCAUCUUGGGGCAUAAUUUGCAGACAGUCAAUCUUCCAGAGGUCUUGAGCAAGUCCUUUGGUCUGUUUCAAUUAGGUAACCUGUCUUGUAAGUCCCUUUUGUCUAGUAAGGCUGUUUUUAGCUAGGUCAAAAUUUUUUGCCCCUCCCACCAACCCUUUGGUGACACAUAACUCUCUCUUCUGUCUUUGUCUGUGACCCUCUGCCUUUGCAAAAACUCUUCCCUUAACCAGGGUUCUAUCUAGGGUAUUUGAGGGGUAGAAGCUUCCCCCCCACAAAAAAUAAUGCCCAACAGCUUCUCCCAAAAAAAUGUUGUUAUCAUUACAGUGUAUAAGUAACUAUAUCGGAAAAAUCAUCCAGACGCGACGAGGUCAGUGCACACACUGGAACAUUUCUCAAAAUUGUGUCUCAAAAUGCACCAGAUUGCAUCUAAGCGCAUAUUCAUUUAAAAAAUUUAUGAGAAGGGGGGAAGGGGGCUUGCCCCCAGAUCCCCCUAGGAAGCUCGUGGCCUUCAGCCACUUGGGACUUCUUCCCCAAAAGAUAAAUCCUAGAUAGAACCCUGUUAAUAGUCCCACAAAGGCAGUAAGUGGUUGUUUGACAGUGGAAGUGUUAGACCAUUUCUUUACUGUAAGCCCCUUCUCUAUCUCUCCAUGUUGUUAGUUUUUACCAUCACCAAUGCUGAAAUGUAGUUUUAUACUGUUCCUUUUUUCCUUUUUUUAAAUUCCUUUUUUCAUGUUCCUGUGGCCCAUUCCUAAUGGUUUCUGUAAUCAACUUUCACUUCUUGCAGUACGUAAAUUAUAGAGCUCUUCUGUCCCAUGUGCUAAGUACUUAAGAUAAUGCUAAUUCUUGAUUUAAUAAUAGAAAUUCAAACAUGCAAUGAGAGAUGUUAUGUACGGGCAGAUACAAAGGAGGGAGCAGAGGAAUGGAUAAGAACAUUGCGCAAAGCAGCUGUGAGUUUAACUGACAUGCAAUUAUGUACUGGACAGGUGUUAAAUGAGGGCCUGUUACUGGCUAAACAUAGGCGACAUAGACUUGAAACAGUGACAUAAGACAGCAGAAAUGGCAACAAAUGACACAGUGAUGGGCUGAAACUGCGACAGCGACAUGGAUUUCUCCUCAAUAUGCAAAAUGACAGGUUUUGACAUUCAAAUGAGGGACAUACGUCCCCCCCCCCCCCCUAUGAGGACCUCUUAAAUGUGAUUGUGAUGAUAUUAAAUAAUUGUUAGCUGAUUUGGCUGAGAUAAUGGAAAAGAAAGGUGAAGCCUUAAAGUGAUUUUGUUUGCCUUUCACAUACUGGUAUUAUGAUUUUCUUUUGUCAUUGCCACAAAAAAGUAUUUGUUUUCUAAUUUAUAAGGGGCAUUCUCAUUGUGCCAGUUGCUUUUUGCACGUGUCAACUUUUAACGUCAGUCUCAGAUACUGAAGGAAUCUCCUCGUCUCCAGCACAUACCAACCACUCUGCUGAAUAAAGCAAAUUUGAAAGUGCUUCUCAUAUGGGCAAAGAUAUUAAUGAGGACUCAAUUUGCCCAAAAUUUGGAAAAAGUUCACUUAUUCCUAUUCAUGUAGUUUUUUCUGGCUGCAUUUUUACAUGAGUUUCUUUCACUUUAUCUGUUUAAGACUUGUUGUAUAAAAGUUGAGUCGAUAUGUAUUUUAAUAACUAGUAAUUCCUGUGAAUUUCCAGCUCCCUAUUCUCAGGGGGUAGCCUGAAGACAGCAAACGUGCACAAAAAGUCAAAUCAUCAGAGUGCAAUCAUUUGCGGGUUGUUGAAGUGUAGGGAGACAAAGCAGAUGAUAGCCCCCCCGCCAUAAUAAAAUAAAGAACCAAAAAGCAAGGAAAAGGCCAACCUCUAGCCAUCUUGACCAAACAAAACUUGCAUGGCCAAUAAAAUAUUUAUGAUAUAAAUUGUUUCAUCUUUUUUCCUUUUCUCAUUACAAUUAUUUAAGUAUAGCCAAUCAGGAAACAGGAUUCGCUUCAUCUUACCUGCUGACAGAGUCAGCAAAAACAAGUAAUAUUACUAAUAUGUUACUUUAUGUUAUGUUAUUGUUCAUUGUGUAGCUCAGUUGUGUGUGGUAAAUUUUGCAGGUGAAUCCAUCCAAAAGGCAGGAAAGAAGAACAGAAGAAGCAGAAACAGCGAACCUUUCUGGGGAGGAUCAGGGCAAGGAAAGUACUGAUGAUAGUAAAACAGAGCAUGUGUGCUAUGAAACAAAAAUCAUUGGAGGUGUGGUCGUGAGAACACCUGUUACUAAGGUUAGUUAAAAAUUGAAAUGUUAUUGGAUUCACAUUUUUGUAGUCCCAUACCAGAUUGUGGUGCUGCAUCUGGAGUGGGGAGGUGUAAGUCAGUUGUAAGUUUUACCUUAAUUUGACGUGGUAUUUACACUUAUUUGUUACUUUUCAGUCAUAUAUGAAAGUGUGAGGUAUUUUUCUUUCCCAAAUAACAUGGGUCAUUAUAUUGUUUGUUAACAGGUAACAGAUUCCGAUGGUGAAAGUCAGUCCACUGAUUCAUUGACGCGUUCAGGAUCUGCUGGUGCAACCAGUACAAUAAAACCCAUUAAGGAGGGAUAUCUGAUCAAGAAGGGUGCUGUGGUAUGUUUGAGACAACUCUUAUUUACAAAUUUGAUAACUGUUGAAAUUCUUGAAUGCUCAUUGGUCAAGAUGAAAUGGCAUAAUGGUAUAAUGGCAUUGCCUUCUUUCCCUGUCUUUCUCAUGUGCAUGUCAGGAUGUUUUGAGAACUUUGUUGGAAUUUAACAUUCAAAAAAUGUAAAUUUGUUCAAACCAGCCUCAAUGAUAAUGCAAUUUCCCACUGCUGUUACAUACUUAUAGAGAAUAGAAAUGCAUCAAAAUCUUAAUGUAUACAUUGCAAUAAAAUCACUCCCAUCCACCCCCAUGCCCUCCCCCUUGCCCCUUCUUAAAUUUCGUUUGAGUAUCAAACUGUUUUUGAUAGCAUAAAAUUAAUGACCUGAAAAAAUGUAGACCUUAUGCAAAUGUUUUUAACUUGUAAAGUGCAAACAGAAUCAUAAUUUGGCCAUUCUCUUUAAGUCUGCAGCAUUAAACAUUUUGUUCCUUUGUAGGUUAAAAAUUGGAAAAAGAGAUAUUUCAAGCUGGAUUUUCUAAAACUGGCAUACUACGAGAAAGAAACAGUAAGUGGUUUAUAAGCUUAAGUCAGAUAUUACGCAGUUCUUUAAUGAGGUCCUAUUGGGAGUAUGCUGGUUGAAGGGAAUAGUAUGUAUAACGUCAUCUAAAUAACGAGACAUUUUAUGCUUUCCAGUCCAUGGGUGAAGAAAUUAGCAUAUCACAUUUAUUCUGUUUCUCGCAAUUUCUAUCGGUCACAUUAAAUGUCGACUUUAUUUUGUUUCUUUCAUCAGGAUAAAGAACCUAUCAAAGUGAUUUACUCAACAGACAUCAAGGAUGCAAGGAAAGCUCCCGGGUAAAAUCUCAAUUUAAUUGUGAACCUGUAAACUGUAAAUUGUAAUAUGUUUUAAACUCAAGAAUCACGUAGGAGUUCUUGUAAACUAGUUUAAACAUGUCCGUGUGUUCCAGAUUGAAUUGGAAUUUGGAAGUGUUGGUUGAGUCUUGGUUUUUGAGGAGAGGGUUAAGGUUUGAGAGGGUUUGACAGGGUUCUCAAUAGAAGGCGGCACCCGGCGAUUAAUCGCCGCUUACUUUGGGAUUUAUAGCCGCUUACUUUGUGUUUAAGUCGCUUUUCUUUGCUUUGUUUUGACACCUCUGGCUUUACUGAAGAGCCUCCUACUUUAUCAGUGAUCACCUCCUACUUAAAAAUCUAUUGAGAACCCUGGUUUGAGAGAACCGGAGUGCCCAGAGAAAAACCUCUGGGAGCAAGGGAGAGAACCCAGGCCAAACUGGUGGGAGGCGAGUGCUCUCACCACAGCAUCACCCUUGCUCCUCAAAGGUUCACAGUUGUUAAGGUUAUUGCUCACUGUGGGGUUCAAACAGACACCAAGCUAAACUAACGUUACUUAGAGAGGGUGUUUUUUUGUAGUUCCAAGAACUGAACAUCAAGAUAAAAUAGGCCUUUUGCAGUAGUUGAUCACGUGAUCAACUUCCAGUAAAUAUCAUCCUCGGAAACCCAGGCGCAGCUAGUCGGGGGUGACAGAAUGUUCGUGGUGAAGGUUUACUUUAUAGCUUUCACCACGAACAUUCUAUUGUUCUCACUAACUGCCCCUGGGUCUCCGAAGAUGAUGUUUACCGAACGUUGAUCACGUGAUCAACUAGUGCAAAAGGCCUAUUGGAAUUCAGAAAUCAUGGUAUUGGAUUUUUAGGAGCGUGAAAAGAGAAGUACCAUGAAAACAAACGGCACCAGCAGGACCAUCCAAACAGUUCAAGGCAGCCUUAUUUCAUAAGUUUACUGUAUCUCAUAACAGCUUGUCUCAGCUAGAUUCAAGUGAUCAGGAGAAAUAAUUCAUAAGAUAUAGAAUUUUACAUCUUUUGAUCCCGAAUGUGUCAUUUGUUAUGCCACAAAAUAAUUAUCGGAUACAACCAGAAUGAGUUACAUGUCAGUCAUAAUAUGUCAUCCAGCGUUUUAUUUUCAUUACAGUGUUGACAACAACAGGGAAUAUUUAUUUGAAGUGGUUACGUCAACAAGAACAUUCUUAUUUCAGGUAAUUAUCCUGGACGAUCUUAAAUUAAUUUUAAGAAAUAAUUGGAAGGCUAAUAUCGUACCGUAAACUGUUACUUAUAAGCCC